AUGGAGUUUCUCUUGGGAAAGAUUGUCCCUCGUUUCGAGUUGCCUCUUCUUCCAAACAACAUCCCCUGUGCUUGCCACCCGGAUUCCUCCUCUCUUAGCCAGGAACUCGAUGAAUGGUUCAUUUCCAAGUUAGGCAUCACGGACGAGAGCACCAAGAAGAAGAUCGUCCAGUCGAGAAUCAUGAUCUUUGCUUGCUUGAUGCAUCCCAAUGGCGAGAGGGACAGAGUCCUCCUGGCAGGGAAGCAUUUGUGGGUGUGCUUCUUGGUGGAUGACAUCCUCGAGUCAAGCACCAGGGAAGCCUAUGGCAGCCUCAAAUCCAUCGUCUGGAGCAUUGCCACCACUGGAAUCUACAAAGCAUCCAACGAGGAGCAUGAUCAUUGUCUCGUGCUGCUGCUCUACCAGGAAGUUUUGGCGGAACUCCGCAAGAAAAUGCCCAGUUCUUUAUUCACUCGCUAUUGCAAGAUCCUCUCAAGCUACCUGGAUGGCGUCGAGGAGGAGGUCAAACACCAGGUGAAGAACACGAUCCCGAGCAGCGAGGAGUAUCGGCUCCUUCGCCGCCGCACUGGAUUCAUGGAGGUGAUGGCGUGCAUCAUGACCGAGUUCUGCGUUGGAAUCAAGCUCGAGGAGUCGGUUGUAAACUUGGGAGAGAUCCGUGAGCUCGUCAAGGUCAUGGACGACCACAUUGUCAUGGUGAACGACCUCCUGUCACUUCGCAAGGAGUAUUACAGCAGCACCAUUUGCCAUAACUGGGUGUUUGUUUUGCUUGCGGAUGGCUGUGGCACUUUUCAGGAGAGUGUGGAUCAUGUUUGCGAGAUGAUUAAGCAGGAGGAGGGUUCGAUUCUGGAUUUGCAGCAGAAACUUAUUAUCAAGGCAAAGGUGGACAAGAAUCCGGAGCUUCUCACAUUUGCAUGUAAUGUUCCAAUGGCAGUUGCUGGUCAUCUAAAGUGGUCUUUCAUUACCGCUCGUUACCAUGGGUGUGACAAUGCUUUGCUCAAUGGUGAGUUGUUUUAUGGAACUUGGCUCAUGGACCCCAAUCAAACAAUAAUCCAGAAAAACAUAUAG